GAAGAGAGCGCAGGAGAGCGGGAGAGGAGAGUGCGUGUUCUGUCUUAUGCGCACUUCUGACUGCUCUGGUUUGCUUGACAGUGUGUGUGUGUGUGUGUGUGUGUUUUUGAGUCCUGCGCUCAGCAUACGGCAGGUGGAGAUGACAUGACUGCGCUUGAGAGGAAGAGAGGGAGGGACCUACGCGGUCAACAAGUAUUCCUGAGGCCAGACGAGACCGCAGCUCUAACCCUGACUGACCGACUACAGUGAUGAUGCGUGCGGUUUGCCGGGCGGAGGGCAGCGCUAGGCAGCGGCUGAGGGAGGAGGAUGCUUUACUGCGGCUGGCAGGAGUUGUUGACGUGCGCUCACUCCGAGAUGCUCUCAGAGAGACCGCACAGGGGCUACUGCCCAGCGUGGAGUGUGUUUGUGUGUACGUGCUGGAGAGAGACUCGAGGCUACAGUGUGACGACCCAAGCCAUGAGCUGCCAAAGGAGGGGAAGAUCAGGGAUAUGGUGGGUCAGUUGAAGAGGUGUGUGUGUGCCGGUCUACCUCCCUCAGAGAUGCACGAGAAACACAGGAGCAGCCUUGCAGCACCCCUCCCACCCCACAGACGAGCUGUGGUAAUUCCUCUCGUGGACCAGGAACAAGGAGUUGUCAUCUCAGUCUUACUGGUGGGCUGUAAACCGCUGAGUGAUCAAGACGAACAACACCUCAACACUCUGGAGAAACAUGCAGCUGUAGCGUGUAGGAGGGUACGAACCCUGCAGUCGGCCAAUCAGAAGUCUCUCGUCAGCCUGUCACCGAUCCAGCCCCACAAUGCACUGCUCCGGCCCGACCCCACAGACUACUGUGACCUGGACCGCAAGAUUCUACAGCUGUGUGGUGAGCUGUAUGACCUUGAUGCAACUACUCUUCAGCUCAAAGUAAUCAAUUAUUUGCAGCAGCAGACCCAGUCUCAGUGCUGCUGUCUGCUUCUGGUUUCUGAGGACAACCACCAGCUCUUCUGUCAGGUGGUUGGAGACAAAGUUCUGGAGGAGGAGAUCAGCUUCCCUCUGAUGUUUGGGCGCUUUGGGCAGGUAGUGGAGAAGAAGAGAUCCAUCACUCUUCAGGACGUCACUGCGGAGGAGCGUAGACAGCUAUCCAGUAUGCUGGGCAGUGAGGUGUCCUCUCUGCUAUGUGUCCCUGUGGUCAGCAGAGCCACUGGCCAGGUGGUGGCACUAGCCUGCGCCUUCAACAAACAGGGAGGACAGAGACACACGGAUGUGGAUGAACAUACGAUCCAGCACUGCUUCUGUUACACCUCCACUGUCCUCACCUCCACACUGGCCUUCCAGAAAGAACAGAAACUCAAAGUGGAGUGUCAGGCACUGUUACAGGUGGCCAAGAAUCUCUUCACACAUCUGGAUGAUGUCUCCGUGUUGUUGCAAGAGAUUAUAGUGGAGGCCAGGAACCUCAGUGAUGCAGAGAUUUGCUCUGUGUUCCUACUGGAUCAAGUCAGCCAUGAGCUGGUUGCCAAGGUUUUUGAUGGGGGCGUGGUCAGUGAUGAUGAGAAGGAGUUCCGUAUCCCUGCAGACCAGGGCAUAGCGGGUCAUGUAGCUAUGACUGGGCAGAUCCUGAACAUUAAGGAUGCGUACUCCCACCCUCUGUUCUACCGAGGAGUGGACGACAGCACCGGGUUUAGAACACGGAACAUCCUCUGCUUCCCCAUCAAGGACGAGAACAACGAGGUUAUUGGGGUGGCUGAGUUGGUCAAUAAGACUAAUGGACCAUGGUUUAACCGCUUCGAUGAGGACCUGGCCACUGCUUUCUCCAUCUACUGUGGAAUCAGCAUCGCACACUCUCUUCUGUAUAAGAAGGUCCAUGAGGCUCAGUUCAGAUCCCACCUGGCCAACGAGAUGAUGAUGUACCACAUGAAGGUGUCAGCAGAGGAGGUGACCCAGCUGUUGGUAACUGGGCUGGAGCCAGUGGAAGAGAUUCAUCCCUUAUUCGCUGAGUUCACCUACACACCCCGUUCACUACCUGACGACAACACACCCAUGGGCAUCCUGAGUAUGUUUGAGGACAUGGGCUUCAUCAACGCCUAUAAGAUUGACCUGCACACUCUGGCCAGGUUCUGUCUGAUGGUAAAGAAGGGUUACAGAGAUCCUCCCUAUCACAACUGGACACACGCGUUCUCGGUCUCUCACUUCUGUUAUCUCCUCUACAAGAACCUGGGCCUGGCCAACUACCUGGAGAAUAUAGAGAUCUUUGCUCUCUUUGUCUCCUGUAUGUGUCAUGACCUGGACCACCGUGGGACUAACAACUCCUUUCAAGUGGCCUCACAAUCUGUCCUGGCUGCCCUCUACAGCUCAGAGGGCUCUGUGAUGGAGCGACACCACUUUGCCCAAGCCAUAGCCAUUCUGAACACCCACGGCUGCAACAUCUUCGACAAGUUCUCCAGAAAGGACUACCAGAGGAUGUUGGACUUGAUGAGGGAUAUUAUCCUGGCCACUGACCUGGCUCACCACCUCCGCAUCUUCCCCGACCUGCAAAGGAUGGCUGACGCUGGCUACAAUCCCAGGAAUCAGACCCACCGUUCUCUGCUGCUGUGCCUGCUGAUGACCUCAUGCGACCUGUCGGACCAGACCAAGGGCUGGAAGACCACCCGCAAGAUUGCUGAGCUGAUCUAUAAAGAGUUCUUCUCCCAGGGGGAUCUGGAGAAGGCGAUGGGGAAUCGUCCCAGUGAGAUGAUGGACAGAGAGAAGGCCUACAUCCCAGAGCUACAGAUCAGCUUCAUGGAACACAUCGCCAUGCCCAUCUACAAGCUGCUGUCAGAGCUGUUACCAGGGGCAACCGAGCUGUAUGAGCGUGUAGCGACCAAUCGAGUACAGUGGACCAAAGUCUCCCACAAGUUCAGCGUCCGUGGGUUGCCUAGCAACAAUAGCCUCGACUUCCUGGAUGAAGAAUAUGAAUUGCUGCAAUCCCAGGGUGCACUUGGGGAUGACAGCCACUGCGAUGACACCCAUUGCCUCAACGGUUGCCUGGAUGAGGGGGACGGGGGGAGGGGCCUGUAACCAUACUGACCAAUGGGAGUGGAGAAAGCAGUAUCUCUAGGCUAAUAGAAACCUAAGGAAACUAUUCCCUUUUUACGUCCUCAUGCGGAGAAGGCGGGACUCUGAGACAGUUUGACAUUUGACUGACAGCUGUCAAUCUCUAAGGCUGAGCAAAACAGAUGGAGUGAACCGCAGGAGUGACGAUUCAGAUGAGUCAUUUCAAAGGAGUCGAUUCAGACUAGUCGAUUCAGACGAUUCCUGUAGAUGCUAAAUGUGACUGAACUCCUGUGAGGAAAGGAGAGAGUCGUGUUGACUCUGGAAAUGAUCAUUUUCAUAACGAGGUCUCCGUUCAUAUUCUUCUGAGUUUCUGUUUCACACACAGACUCACAGACACCUAAUAGGUCAAUACCCGUGUAAUAACACAUAGGUAAAGAGCUCCUUUCCUAGUUAACAGAAAGCUGUGUAGUACGAAGGACAGUUCUGGAAUCUGUUGGUUUAUGUUGUUUUAAGAUCAUCAGAAUCCCUCCCAUCAGCCCACACACACCCUGAUGAGCUGCUAUGUCACUCAUAUGACUGCUUAUGUAUACUGUAUGCAGCCUACACCUUGUGUGUUACACCCUUUAUCUCAGCCAGUAUUGGAUGUAUUUUUCAUGUCUUAGGCAUCAUGUAAGUCUCUAGUUUGCCAGAUGUUAUAUUUGUUAUUAUAUAUGGAGCCCAUUGGUGGCCCUGCGAUGCCCAGUGGUCAUUGAGGGAAACUGAAUCUGCCUUGUGUCAGGUAAUGUGAGUGGAACUUCCCUCUUUUGGAAAUGGGGACAGUUUGACAGUCAAUGAUCACUGGUCAGUGCCAUCCUCAUUAGCUAAAAUCUUCUAUCCCUGGAGUGCGCACACACACACACAGACACACACACACACAGACAUACACACAGACACCACAACCACCAUUACAACCUUCACAACAAGAGCCACUAAGAGCCAUUCCUCCUUUCUUCUUAGUGUUCCUCUCUGUGUCUCUAUAUAACCCCUACAACCCGCUAUAUAAGUGAAGCCCUUGAAAUGAUCCAGUGUCAUCAUACCUGUGUGUGUGUGUGUGUGUGUGUGUGUGUGUGUGUGUGUGUGUGUGUGUGUGUGUGUGUGUGUGUGUGUGUGUGUGUGUGUGUGUGUGUGUGUGUGUGUGUGUGUGUGUGUGUUUGCCUUAUCGUGCUAUGCUGCCUUUCUCAGAGCUUGCCAUGUUGGACCAUAGAUACAAACAGACACAGAGGCCAAACAGUAUCUCCAGUGUGUUGAUGAACAGACCUAUAGAUGACAGUGUGUUGAUGAACAGACCUGUAGAUGACAGUGUGUUGAUGAACAGACCUAUAGAUGACAGUGUGUUGAUGAACAGACCUAUAGAUGACAGUGUGUUGAUGAACAGACCUGUAGAUGACAGUGUGUUGAUGAACAGACCUAUAGAUGACAGUGUGUUGAUGAACAGACCUAUAGAUGACAGUGUGUUGAUGAACAGACCUAUAGAUGACAGUGUGUUGAUGAACAGACCUAUAGAUGACAGUGUGUUGAUGAACAGACCUAUAGAUGACAGUGUGUUGAUGAACAGACCUAUAGAUGACAGUGUGUUGAUGAACAGACCUAUAGAUGACAGUGUGUUGAUGAACAGACCUAUAGAUGAUAGUGUGUCGGUUAACAGUGUGUUGGUUAUCAGUGUGUUGGUUAUCAUUGUGUUGGUUAACAGUGUGUUGGUUAUCAUUGUGUUGGUUAACAGUGAGUUCACUGUCUCAGGAGUUUAAAACACACUACCACUCAACUCCAAUCAAUCAGUCACCUAAAUGUUAAACUAAUGUGUGAAACUGCUGCUCGGUGAAGCCAGAGCAACAGCUUAGCCUCACCACAUGUCAGGGCUUACAUACUGUAUAUGUGGAAGAAUUAAGGCCAUACAGGUCAAUAUAUUUGUUAAAAGGGCGUACAGGUCAAUAUAUUUGUUAGGUAAAUGAACUGGGGAUAUUGGUUAGGUGACAGGGGCGUACAGGUCAAUAUAUUUGUUAGGUGAAUGAACUGGGGAUCUUGGUUAGGUGACAGGGGCGUACAGGUCAAUAUAUUUGUUAGGUGAGUGGGCUAUAGGUGAAUAUAUGGAUGGACUGCAUAUAGCUUCAUAUAUUUUGUAGAUGAUUCUCCCUCAGGAUGUCUGUGUGUGUGACUUCACUGACUUUGACUUCAUGUUAUUGUACAGAUUGUAACUGUUCUAUUGGCAUUCAGGUAGGCUAGCGAUCUGAAGCCUCGCUCUAGUGCUGUAUACCUGUGAACUCUGACCCCUGAUGAACACAGAUUAACUUCCUCUUUUCCCCUGUUGUUGUUGUUGUUGUUGUUUUCCGCCCAUCCAUUCCAGAUCUGCCUUCUUCAUAUGUAUUUUGAUGAUGAUGAUGCAGAAACUCUGAUGUAAAUACAGUCUGCUCUUAAAUUAUUACUUUAGACAGUUGUCUCUCUUAACUUUGUUUUACGUUAGUGUGUUUGUGUCAACGAGUCAGGGCUCCGUCAUGUGCCAAUCUCCAUCUCCACGGAAACGCAGGAUUCUUACCUGUGAUGUAAUCUCAUAGGCUAUAUAUAAAUGCUGUAAAUAACAGUUUAUGAAGUGUUACUUGAUUCUAUGUAAUUAUUACAAUGAGGACUAUUUUAAUUAUUUCAUGUUAUACAGUUGAAGUCGGAAGUUUGCAGACACUUAGGUUGGAGUCAUUAAAACUCGUUUUUCAACCACUCCACAAAUUUCUUGUUAACAAACUAUAUAGUUUUGGCAAGUCGG